AUGCCGCGCUCGUCGACCAAGCGCACACCGUCCCGCACUGCCUCAAACUCGCUUGAAGCCACGCCGGCACCCGUCGUCCCCGCCGCGGCUUCGUUCCACCACCCGCACGCCCACCCGAUGCACCAACAGCAGCCUUACGGCACCGCAGCCUACCCGUAUCCGCCCCCGACCGCCUACCCGUACCCGUUCCCCUCGACCUCGACCUCGAACCAACCGCCGCUCCCUCCUCCGCCCGCCAACCUCGACCCUCGCUCCGGCUACGACUCGUACCCCGCCGCAUUCGACCAACCAGGCCCCCCGAACAAGCGCGCGCGCAUGAGCAGCGGCGGGCCUGGCGGUGGAUCGGUCAAGAGCAGUGGGAGGACGGUCAAGGGUCGAGCCGCAAACGACUCGGACGCCGACGACGGCGACGAGGGCGACGCAGGCGGCCGCAAGCGCCGCAUCCCGCUCUCGUGCACCGAGUGCGUCCGCCGCAAGAUCAAGUGCGACCGCGGCAUGCCUUGCUCGUCGUGCGUGCGCCGCAAACGCGUCGAGUUCUGCACCUUUGAGGACGAGGACCCGUCGACACCGUAUGCCCAGACGACCGAGGUCCGAGCGCUCGCGCGGCGCCUCGCCCACCUCGAAACGCUCUUUCAGCUCGCCCACCCGAACCUGCACCCUGGGUCCUCGGCCGCCUCGUUCCACGCCUCGCCAGCGUCCCUCCACUCGCUCCAAUCGCCCGCCAUCCAGGCCUCGCCUCACGCCGGCCCCCACCACACGUCGCCCGCGCACGCUCAGCCCGCCCUGCCGCCGCCGCCGCCGCCGCCCGCCUCGGCCCAGCAGCACGGCGCCGCACCUCCUCCUGGACCUGGCGGCGUCCACAACGGCCAAGACGCAGCCGGCGGCGUCCGCUCGGCGUCGCACAGCGACACCGAGGACGCGGUCGCCGACCUCGAGGAGCAGACGUUCGGCGCGCGCGUGCCCGUCCUGCGCGCGCUCCACGCCGCCGCUCAAGGCGCCGUCGCGACGUACAAGUACGUCAAGGUGCCCGACAUGGAGCUCACGGGCGCCUUGACGAGCAUCCUCGCCGAGCCACUCUCGUUCGACCAGGACGGCCGACCUCGAAGCGCCGUCCGCCUCGGGCUCGACCUCGCCGUCUCGACCGUCGACCUGCCCGCCGUGCGACACGACGCGCUCGCCCAGAUCUUUGCCGUCCUGCCCGACCCCGAGAUCGCCCAGUACCUCAUCGCCAAGUACUUUGACGAGAUGUCGUGGGACUUUCGCAACGUCAUCGACCCGGUCGCCUUUCCCGUCGAGCACGAGCGCUACGUCGACAUGCUCGCCCAGGGCCGCGAGGACCUGAUCGACCCGCUGUGGAUCGCGUGCUUCUCCAUGGUCCUCGCCCUGUCGCUCGAGGGCUUCUUCUCCCGCCCCGGCGGCCAGCACGACCUGUCGCUCUUUCGCGGCCUGAGCGAGUCGGACCUCAAGGACCUGCCCUCGGUGUGGCACGACGCGGCGUUGCGCGCGCUCCAGCUCGGCGAGUGGGGCGGCACGCCUCGCAUUCGCGUGAUCCAGUGCGUCGUCCUCAUGGGCCAGUACAUCCAGGUCUCGUCGUCGUCGGGCCAGCAGGGCCGGUUCCUCGGCUGGGCCGCGAGCGCGUACCGCGUCGCGCAGCGCAUGGGCCUCCACCGCCUCGGGUCCGACCCGCAGACGAUGCCGCCGGACGACCCGGCGCUACCGCCCGGCGCCAACGCCCUCAAGCGCGAGCUCGCCGUCCGCCUGUUCCACCACCUCGUCAACAUCGACUCGUGGCUGUCCGACUCGCCCGUCUCUCGCUGCUACAUGCUGCACCCGUCGCAGUACAACACGGCUCGACCGCUCAACCUCGACCUGCGCGAGCUGUCACGCACCGACUGGCGCCACCCGACCCCCAAGCCGCUCACGACCUACACCGACGGCUCGUUCCAGCUCGCCCAGUGCAAAGUCGCCGAGCAGGUCCGGCGCGCGCUCGACACGCUCGUCCUCUCGGGCGACCCCUUCUCGUACCCGGCCGUGCUCGAGCAGGACAAGGCGUGGCGCAGCGUCCUCGAGGACGUGCCCGACGUGUUUCGCGAGGGCCACGUCGGUGGAUUGCCGCCACGUAUUCGGUACGAGCGGGCGUGCCUGCACGAGGACGUCUACUCGCGCAUCGUGCGGCUCAACCGGCCCUUGCUCGGGCGCGGCUACGCCCUCAACAGCCCGUACCGGUACUCGAACGAGCAGUGCAUCGAGGCGGCCCGAGCGCUCAUCAACAACAACGCCGAGAUGCUCACGAUCGAGACGUCGAGGUGGUGGGUGUACACGGGCACGCUCGCGAGCUCGAUCGUCCUCAUGAUGGACCUGUUCCACGCCAUCGACCACGACCGGCCCGAGAAGGAGAUCAAGGAGAAACGCGACAUCUUGUACAAGGCGCGCGCCAUCUUUGACACCAAGACGUCGACGCCGGCGCUCGAGGUCGUCGUCGAGGAGGGCCGCAAGAUCCUCUCGGCACUACUCGUCGCCGAGGAGAGUCGGCGCACGACCCGGGCCGCGCACGACAUGGCCGCUGCACCGCCACCAUCGCUCGAGCCCUUCUCUCAGGUCCUCAAGCGCAUCUCGCGCGAGGUCGCCCUCGAGGACGCCGCCAAGCUCUCGCAGCCGACCGCCGCGCCCUCGCCCUUCCCUUCCUCGUCCGCCCGCAACGCCUUCUCGGCGCCCUCGCCCCAUCCGCCCUUCUCGUUCGCCCAGGCCGCCGCGACCGCCAUGGCCAACACGCCACCGGUGCCCUACGGCGGCGGCGGCGGCGGCGGCGGCUCGAGCGUCGGCGCGGGCAUGUUUGAGCACGCCGGCGGCGUCGGGGCAGGAGCAGGCGCAGGAGCAGGGGCCGGCGACUUCUCGAGCUUCUUCAACACGUUGGCGAGCGAGGACUGGACGGCGGCGACGAGCUUUACGAGCCCGGGAGGCGACGAGGCGAGCUUGCUCGACCAGCUCGCGGCGACGUGGUGAGGGCGGGUCUGUAGUCUCGAGGACGUGUCAUUGCCAGUGCAUAGACGUU